AUGACCACCCAGCUAACACCAUCCUCUCCAUCACCACAGUCCCUCCGCAUCGUCCCACACAAAGGCCACGCGCAACAAACUGCACUCGCCCCCUCCGCCCCCUCUGCCCCCGGCGUCCACGACACACUCCGCAGCAACCAAUCCCUCAACACACCCCACAACGCCUCUCCAGCCUUCAGCGCCGUGGCCUCUUCGCACCCUCUGGAAGCCCGCCUGACAAACUGGCGCUCCACCCAAGACACACUGAAGAUGAGCAUGUUGCGUCGCGAAUUCGGCAUUGCCGAGCCCAUUCGUCGUGGUAUGGAGGUCAAGAUCUGCGCAGAGGGAGAGUGGAGGCCUGCUGUUUUGGGGUACAAGGGGGAAGGUGUGCAUGAGGAGAUUUUGAGUGGGAGGGACGUUAGUGUGGAUUGGGAGGAUGUUUAUCAUGGUAAUGAGACUCAGAAUGCUCCUGACUUCCACUCGGAGAUGGAGAACAGGAUGAAGAUGAACUGGUAG